UUCCAGCAAAGGCGAGAACACUUGAACAAGGAGUGUAAACGUUCAGAAGUUUCCGCAAACGACAAGAACGUGAUGUCACUUACUGGCCGGACCGUCUUCGUGGCCUUUGACCGACUCCGCUGGUGCCGAAUCCCCAAAGUGGGAACCACAUACAUCCAGUACGCGCUGAAAGAACAGCUGAACACGUUGGAAAAAGUACACGGGGGUUCGAUCAAGCGCUAUCGGGCUCGAAAAAGAAAGAGUUUCGUUUUUGUACGAGAACCUUAUUCUCGACUCAUCUCGGGAUACAUCGACAAAGUCCUCACAACUCCCAGCUGGUGGUCAACAGUUGGCUAUGACAUCAUGAAGGGAGCACGAGUCCUCAACGGCUCGGACAAAUGGACCAAGAAGUGCGCCGCCUAUGCCACCUUUGCUGACUUCAUAAACUAUUUUAUAGAAUCUGAAACAUCAGGGCUGCACAGAAAUCCACAUUUCAUCCCCAUCCAUGAUCAGUGUCAUCUCUGUCAGAGAAAUUACACUUUCCUGGGCCACUUGGAAACUUUCAGAGAGGACCUGGCCCAUAUUCUAAAAAGUGUAAAUGUCAGUGUGCAAAUUGUUCCCCUAGAGGAAAAAACUAUUCUAAGAAAAACAGCGGAAGUUUUGACCGAUGGUUUAAAGUACGUUAGAAUGUGUACAGACAAAUUUACAGUAAUGAAGUCUCUAUGGCUAUCAUUCCAGGUUAGAGGAUAUAUUUCAGAAGAUAUGAAACUACCAGUCUCCAGAAAUCAGAGCGAGAAAAUUUCAGGUGAACAGUUCGGCAAUUUGGCAUCUAAUGCGCAUUUGUUCUCAAAGGAUAAUUUCAACCACACCCAGCAACGAAAAAACAUGAUAUCGAAAAUGUACAGACAAAUUCCUCUCCACCAGCGGUUACUCGUGAAGAAAAUUCUAGAAAAAGACUUCCUGAUGUCACAAUAUGAUCCUCUACCAGCGGAAGUUUUCCCUGAGUUCUCCAAACCGUAAGGACUCUCAAAAAACUGCGGGAUGUGUUCAUCUUUAGAGAUAACCUUGACUCACCCCGAAACUGAACCAAUAACAAGC